AUGGCUAUUGCAAGGUUCUUGUAUGACAAUUGCAUACCUUUUAAUGUAGUCAAUUCAGUGUACUACCAAAAGAUGAUUGAUGCUGUAGCUGCUGCUGGUCCUGGCUACAAAGCUCCAUCUUAUCAUGCUGUAUGGGUCCCUUUGUUGAGGGAUCAAAAGAAAGAGGUGCAGUUGUUGGUUGAGUCACAACGUAGGCAUUGGGCAGAAGUUGGAUGUACACUUAUGGCUGAUGGUUGGAUGGAUACUAGACAUAGGUCAUUGGUUAAUUUCCUUGUCUAUUGUCCUAGGGGAAUGGUAUUUGUAAAAUCAGUUGAUGCUUCAGAUAUUGUGAAGAGUACUAGAAACUUAUAUAAAUUGUUUGAUGAAGUAGUUACAUGGGAUAUGGGAGACAUGCCUCAUGUGGAGAGACUUAAAAAAUGUGCAUCCAAAGUUACAGUUUUUAUUUAUAAUCAUGUAGCUUUGAUUGCUUGGUUGAGGAAGAGACCUGGUUGGACAGAUAUUGUACGUGAUGAUAUUAAUGUUCUUGUCAAGAUUUCAUCGCCGCUCAUUCGUUUGUUACGGAUUGUUGAUUCUGAUCAAAGGCCUGUAAUAGGAUAUGUGUAUGAGGGCAUGCAUAGAGCACGGUUGGGAAUCAAGAAGAUCUUUCGAAUGAAGAAGCACUUGUACAAGCCAUACACUUCAAUUAUAAAAAACCGUUGGGACAAACAUUUGCGUAAAGAUCUUCAUGCUGCUGCAUAUUGGUUAAAUCCCGCUUUUCAAUAUGAAGAGGAGAAUUUUUGCCGGAAACCAGCAGUACAUAUGGCUGUUUUGGACUAUAUUGGGACAAAAUAUGAUGGUGACAAAGAGAAGGUAAUUAAGGAAACCCAAUAUUUUCGAGACCGUAUUGGGAGCUUUGAUAGAGAGCUUGCAUUGUCAACAAGCACAACCACUCAUCCAGGUGAGAAGUAA